CACUAAGAGUUUGAGAGCGUGUGUGUGCGUGUGUGUGUGCGUGUCUGUCUGUGUAUGUGUGUAUGCGAGGAGCAUGGCGAGGAUGUAGAGAGAAGCUGUGGCUUCAGCUUGUUGCUAGCACUCCAGUCCAGCCACCGUCGUGGGACACCACUGCUCGUUUGACAGAGAGCGAAAGACACCGAGAGAGAGGGCCUAAUCUUAGCCUGCCACCCCAGCCUCCGCCAGGGGAACCCACUGCCCCUCCACCCGGCCCGGCCACCCAGGACCUGUAGGAGAACCCUCCACCCCAACACGGUUGGUCGUUAGCGACUCCAGUGUGGCUCGCUACUGUUCCGGAACCCCUGUCAUGGCCUCCAACAGCAUCUUUGACUCCUUCUCAAACUACAGCAGCACUCUACUAAGAGACCCUACCACCACCAGACGGUUCACGCCGCCAUCCACGUCGUUCCCCUGCAGUAAGAUUGGAGACGGCAGCGGGACCAUGGGCACUCCUGGGCCGCUGAGAACACGACCUGAGACAAGGAAUGUAGUGGACGUCCUGGCAGACCACGCUGGAGAGCUGGUCCGGACUGACAGCCCAAACUUCCUCUGCUCCGUGCUUCCCUCACACUGGAGGUGCAACAAAACUCUGCCUGUGGCUUUCAAGGUUGUCGCACUUGGUGAUGUGCCCGACGGGACCCUUGUUACAGUGAUGGCGGGAAACGACGAGAACUACUCUGCAGAGCUGAGAAACGCAUCUGCGGUAAUGAAGAACCAGGUGGCAAGGUUCAACGACCUGCGUUUUGUGGGCAGGAGUGGACGAGGCAAGAGCUUCACCCUGACCAUUACAGUGUUCACCGGCCCACCUCAGGUAGCCACCUACCACCGUGCCAUCAAAGUCACCGUGGACGGACCAAGAGAACCACGCAGACACAGAGUGAAGAUGGAGGACCCCCAGAAGAUGCAGUUCUCUGACCGGCUCAGUGAGAUUGAGAGAUACCAGCGUGCGGGCCUGAGGAUGGGCCCAGGGAACACCAACCCCCGGCCCAUCCACCAGGGCCUAAGCUCCUCCACACAGUCCCAGAUAGCUCUGUGGUCGGAGCAGAUGGACACCCCUACUCUGAAGACCUGCAAGGUGGAGGACGAUCUCCGACCCUGGUCAGGAACCCCGGAUCUGUUCCCCCAGAGGAGCUCUUUCCCCUCCCUGUCCCCGCUGACGGACCCCCGCUUCUCAGACCCCCGCAUGCACUACCCCGGGGCCUUCACCUACUCUGCCAACCCAUCCACCACUGGCAUCGGGGGUCUGAGCGUGACGGGCAUGUCGGCCUCCUCCCGCUACCACACCUACUUGCCCCCGCCAUACCCGGGGAACCAGAACCAGAGCAGCCACUUCCAGUCCAACACCUCGCCCUACCACCUGUACUACGGCACUGGCUCCGGCUCCUACCAGUUCAGUAUGGUGGCUCCGGGGGGAGCCGGGGGCGAGCGCUCCCCCAACCGCCUGCUCUCGUGCUCGGGGCCAGUGGCCACGGCCGGAGGCAACAGCCUGAUGAACCCGGGUCUCAGCAACCAGAGCGAGGGGGUGGAGGCGGACGGCAGCCACAGCAACUCCCCGACGACCAUGAGCGCAUCUGGACGCAUGGACGAGUCUGUGUGGAGGCCCUACUGACUGUCUGGCAGCUAGACCACCAGGAAACGCAGGAGAGAGGGGGCAUACCAGGAAAGAAGGAGUUCACGAAAAGAUUAAUUCAAAUAGAAACAAAAAUGCUGCAUGUUUGUCUUUUUAUGUCCGGCAAAUCGCUUUAUAGCCUUCUACCAAAAGACGUUUACUGUCUGCCAUUUCUUUUGUAAGCCUUGGGUAUCUCCUGCGCUGCCUGUGUCAGGAAAUACACUCUUCAAAAGACUCUGAAAGCCAUACAGAUAGACAAUAUAGUUCUUCUUCAGAAAUAACCCAAGAGACCCGAGUACAAACUGUAAAUAGAAGUUAUGGUACAAUUACAAAGCCAUAGUAAUAUAUCAGGAUAGUUCGAAAAGCAGGUACAAAACCUUUUACAAAAGACACUUGGAGUUUGAGGAAAAAUAUGUAACAGAUUUGUGCAGCUGAUGAACAGAAAAUGCAGUUGAUAUUCCGGCCAAUCAGCCGACAAGACCAAAAUUAGCCUCAUCAUCAUCCUCAUGACAAAGUGAAACAAACAUAUCUGGGUGUUACCUGGAGAGCAUCCAUUGACUGUAUUACCUGAACUGCCUGUGAUUGACCAGGGACAUCGGGGGGUGACAUGGGGACAUUUGCUCCACAAGUUAGCGGAACCUUUCUUACAGUAGAUAUCACUCAUACGCAACAGCAGUUGGCUCUUGAUGCUAAUGUUAGGUGUUACAUUUUGGGUUUCGAUGAUGAAGAUGACUCAAUCCAUGACAAACUGUCAAGAACAUUACUCCUCACAUAAGGGAGUGUAAGGUUCUCACAGUACGAAAGCAUUGCCUUAAAUCAAAUGUAUGAUGUUGCUGAGUGAUACAACAACCCCAGGAGCAAUGCACAUUUUAAAGUAACAACAUGGCUUUGUGUGAGAACCUUGUAAAUCUGACUCAACCCAGAUGUAUAAAGAAAUUGUCUUCUCUCUCCGGUUGUCGUUGAUGUAUUUAGUAUCUAUGCAGUAGAAAAAUGGCGUACAUUUUGAAGAAUGUCAGAGACUAAAGUAGAGGUGUUUUUAAACAGGAACAUUUUCUCAACUCCUGUUGUUUUUGUUAUUGUUAUUUGGACUGUUUCCUUGGGUAUAUACUGCAGUUAUUUUGAACAUUCUUUCUGCAAAAUUGUUUUAGUAUAGUAUGUUUGAACUGGAUGACAUGGUUUCCUUUUUUUAUUUAUUUGAGCCAAAUUUGAGGAAACGUUCACUUAUGCCCAAAACAUUUACAAUUUUUCUCUUUUCUUUUUUGAUAGCUAUUUUGUUUGUUUGUCUAAUAUAAAAUUGGAAUUUGUGUAAUAUAUUGCUUCUAAAUUAUGAAAAAAAACGAAACUUGUAAUGUUAUUAUUUUGUAUUCCAAUGUAGCUUUGAUGCACUAUAAACUUUGACAUUAUUCCUUAUGAACCACACCCAACAUCGAUUCCACCAAUUAGAUUGAGGGUUUCCCCCUCUCCCAUCACCUUAUUGAGCAACAUUCAAAGUCUAUUACUUUUUGCACUAUGUUUAGACAUUUCUCAUGGGCCAUUGUGUAUUUUCACAACAACCCCCCCCCCACACACACACAUACACAAUUUAUACAGACUUGCAUCAGCUACACACAUUCCUGUGCCACAGGUGUGGGUGUGCACGUUCCCACUGUCCUGAGGGUCUUUCCCAUGCUGUCACCCACAUGAUCCCUCCAUCCCUGGAGGAAGACAAGGGUAGGGAUGAAGAUAUUGAGAAGUGUGUGGGCGGGGGGGGGGGGGGGGGGGGUCACCAAAGUAGGAUAAUCUUACCAACACCAAGGGCUAUCUUUGCCAUAACAACAAAAAACUAGCCCUUGUUGUGAACAGGACUCUUUGUUGGGAUGUCUUUGAAGCCUUUAUGGUCAUGAUUUCUCUCCUUUCUGUUGUAAUUUACUGGUCAUUAGUGUCAUUGGCUCCGGGCCUGACCAAAGAUUGAUAUGUCUGACUAGCUGUCCACCAUCUUUGUGUGAGCCCUGCUGAGUCACUUGUGUCAUGGUUUCGGAUGUCUGGACUUGAGAGCUUUUAUUGAGAGAUUGGAUGGAAGAUGGGGCUUUUUAAAGAUGUAUAGAUCAUCAAUAGAAAUCACUGUUGAUGAUCUCAUAUGUUACACAAUUUAAGUUUUAAUCAUAAGGCAAGUAAACACCCCCCCCAAUGUCAAACAAUUGACAUAUUCCAAAGAAUUUUCGCUCAGGAAAAAGGAGGUUGUGCUAAAGUAAACCCCUAUGCCUUAUUUUAUUGGUGACAAUCAAACGUUAAUCAGAUUUAUGCUGAUCUCCUGUAGAGGGAUGCUUUUCAUUUUCCCUACUGAGUCUCUAUAUGUCCCUUUGGGGAGAACGAUUUAUUAUGGGUAACAAUCAUGCAGCUAGAAAAAGCGCAUGUGUACCUUAAACACAUGUGGCUUUAUCACAACCAAAGAUUUUCACUUUGCCUGUAGUAUCACGUUUAGAUUCUGUUAUGUGACAAGAUGUGUUUUGUGGUAGCUUAAUUGUCAUGGGCUGUCAAACAACACUUGUGCAACUUGUGAAAAAAUGGUUGUGUAUUUUUUAUUGUAUGUCAAAUGCAAAAGCACAAGGCUUUUUUACAUUUCUUUCUAAAAGAACCUCCUCUUCAUUUUGUUAUACUAUAAUGUCCAAUCAUUUUGCUCUUUCUUUCUUUUAUGCUCAAAGCAUGUAUGUCUACACCUGAUAUGUUAAUUUAAGAAUUUCAUCCACUUAAUAUUCUUCAAAACUCUCUAUUAAGUGCUUGUAAAGUGUGCAGAUAAUGUAGUUUUUAAUCAUUUUAAUUAAAAAAUACACUUUUCUCUCACAA